AAGAAGGACACAAUUUUUUCGCAAAUAAAAAUGAUAAAACAACCGAUUUUAAUAGAACUUCAGUAUUUCGUGAAUGCUGUGGCAGGGAUACAUCGAGGCAUAGGACCAGAAAUCUCUGAUCAGCUAGUAAAAUGUAGUCUCACCAUAUUUCAAGAUCUUCCAGCUGCUCGUGAUGCAGUUCUUGAGUAUUUUGCCCUUGUCUUCGACAAAUCCAUUGCGAAUUACAUCGCCUUUAUUGAGAAGGAUAACUCAGGAAGUCCUCCCGUUGAACCGGCUGUAAUGGACAUCCAGGAAGCACUGGAAAAGCUUGUGACCAGUGGAACACCGGCUUGGGCACCUCUUCUGUCAACAUGGAGUCUCAAAUUGCUGGGACAACUGUCUGAGAAACACGGUCAUUCUACAAAUCGUGGACGCGAUGGGAUGAACAUCACUGCCAACUGCAACUUUUGGAUGAAUUCCAGUGCAAUGAAGUGCUUAUUGGGAUUGUCGGCAAGUUGCUUUGCUAAGCUCAAUAAUGAUGAGUCAGAGUCUUGUAUUGGUAUUCUCCUGGCCACCUAUGUUUCCCACAAGCCUCACUUCGAUUGGGUGGUAGCACGUCUUGGGGGAUGUUUCCCCCUCAAAGUCAUCUCAAAAAUCCUUCAAUGUGGGCUCAAAGCCUUCUCGGGAAAUUUCAACAACACCUUGGAUUCAGAAGUGGGCAUUUUGAGGUAUCUCUCGAUGGCACAUGAGAGGGAUUUAAAUAUUGCUCUCAGAGAGAUGUUUCAGGCAGUUCUGUACCCUCCAACUCAGGGUUCCUUGCCACCAAAUCUUCACACAAUUCCCUAUCUUAUUCACCUGUCGAGGAUGUCAGACAUUCUACUGCAGCCAAUAACCAAUGUUUUCCUGGACAUUUUCCGGGAAUCCUUGAUUCCUAAUCUGGUUUAUCAGAGUAUGCAUUUUCCACCUAAUUUCAAUGUCCGAGAGAUUUUUAUACUGCUGACAGAACUUGUAACUCAAGUUGGCCAUAAUGGCACGAUUAUUCUCUUGACACUAGCCCGCAUGGCUGAAACCUAUACGUGGUGCCAUGAGCUCCUUGAGCACAUCCUUCAGAAGCUGGAGAUGACAAUUCUCGAUGAUAGAAAAUGUCCCCUCUUGAUAAAUCUGAUGACUGAACCAUCACAGAAAAUUCUCUGGAGCUCCUGUAAGAGUCACAAUCUCAUUGAACAGCAAACUGUAGUGAGAUUGAUUCUACUUCUGUCUUCUCGAACACCUUACAUUUAUCACUAUACUAUUGCUGAACUUCUAACCACAUCCAGCGAAGACAAUCCCAAUGGACUAGGAGCUCUGGCAAGGAUUUUAGGUGGAUCUCUGGGUACUCAGGAAUACCCAUCGGUUGAUGGUGGCUUGGAGAUUUCCUUGGAAGCCAUAUCUAUUGCAAACAAACGCCGGACUCUGGAUGAUUUCAAUCAGAAUGUAAUUAUUCUCAAGAACCUCCAUCAUCUGGUUACUUUUGAGAAGAGCGGAGAGAGUGUUCACUUGAAAAACAGCCCCAUGAGCAAUGCUAUCCAGAGGAAUGCCCCAAAACUUCUCUCAAUACUCUUCAACCUUCUCAAUCACAUCAUUCCUGACAUAGAAGAGGGAAUUCCCUUUAAAUUGGCCUCUGAGGCUGAGGAUCCUGAAGAGAAGAAGCCUAGGAGUGACAAGGAAUUCCUGAACAAGGUGAAAUCAAAGGCUUUGGGAGCGAUUAAAGAACAAAUCCAUCUGAUAGUUACCCUUUUAGAUGAAUUGGGUAUCGGAGGGAAGGAUUCAUUGCUGGGAAUGGUGGAGAUCCUGAAAAUGGCUCAAAUGACAGUGAAAUACUUCUUCUGGAAUAUCACUGAGCAAGAUUCUGCGGUACGCCUUAAAGCCAUGAAUCGCUGUUUUAAUCUUUUGACCAGGCAGUGCUCUUGCCGGAAAGCUGCUCGAACAGCAGCUCUCAGAGAUUUAUUGGAUGGAGCUCUCUUCAGCUAUCGGAAUCUCUUCGGUGCUUAUACCUAUCCCCAACCAAAUGAAACUGCCAGAGAUGAAUGUCUGAUGAUACUGAAUCAGAAGCAGACAUUUAGUGCGAUCACCAGCAGGAUUUCCCUUCAUGCCGGAAUCAUUGGCAAUGGCUUAAAAGCUGAAGUGAAAUCUCCGGAUCAACCUCAGUCGCAAAUCCAGAAACUUCUUCUGGAUGCCAUUAUGGCUUGUUGUCAGGAUCCUGAACACACCAAUGUCAUCGAUGGCUUCUCCACAGUAUCUCUCCUGCUCGUGGAGAUGAUCUCCCCGGAUAUCAUGUACAAUGGCUUUCCGUGGCCAGAUGAGGAAUUCACCAAAGUUACGAUGGAGCGUGACUUGCAAAUUAGGCGAAUUUUCAAUAAUUCACCAAUUCUAUGGUCUAUCCUGGGACUUGUUGGCACGUACAGACCAGCUCUCUGCUACGCUUCUGUGCUCCUGAGAGCUCUAUGUGCCACAGUGCUGAAUCAAUGGCGUGCGAAAUCAGUGGAGAAGCCAUUCCAGUCAGUCAACAAUCCAGAAUUGAUUUUUGUCACUCUCAAGCUACUUGAGGUGAUGGCUCUUGGACAACUUCUGCCGCCACCACUCAGUUAUUUGCACGUUGUAAUUGAGUACUUCGAACCGUUUGAGGUUGUAUUGCUGCUGAAAGAUUGCGUUUGGAAUUACAUGAAAGAUCACGUUCCAUCGCCAUGCCUCUUCAAAUUUGAUAGCACUGGAUUUCAUUGGCGAAAUCCAGAAACGGCUAAACCACCAGCUCAAUUUAUUGAUCCUCUACGAUUUAUCAUGCUGAAACGCCUCCCACUGUUGGGCAGUUUGUAUCACCAGAUGUUUGUCCUUCCCGAACUGGUCAACAAUGGCAGUGAGACAAAUCGCGAGGCAGAUUCUUCCAAUUUAAUUUAAUUCAUCUUUUUCAUUUAAUUGUAUUUGUAUAAUUUUUUUAUCCAUUAUAAUUCACUAAAAUCA